UUCAGCCAGGCUGAGAGACCCGGGUUCCAGAAUCCUACGGGAGGGGACGGAAACGACCUCGGCGGCUGGUUCCGAGGCUCUGUGGACCCGGCAGCGGCGGGGUUCCGAAGCCGGCCCACGGCAGAAGCGCUGCCUCUCGGGAGCACCCUAGACUCUGGUCGCUGGCUUAGAACCUGCGACAGUCGUAGUUCCUAGUGCUAAGAGGAGGGUCCGGAAAGAGGAGCCUCAGGAAGGCAGAGCAGGGUAGGCCGCGGCGGGUCUUUCAGGGCUGAUGGUGUAUUCCGAAGUGGGAGUGACCCAGUUUAGAGCAGGUGGUCGGCGGUGGAGGCGGGGUCGGGAAUUUUAUAAAACAGGGCGCAAGGAGUCAUGAGCCACGCCGCGAGGCUCCACAUCUGAAAGCUGGCUGGAUAGACGACGGACCACCGAUGAAGCGGGCCCGAGGCUAAUGCCCCCGGUACACACCUUGACGUUUCUCAGGGUGCCAGGGCAGGAUGUAUACGCUGCUUUCGGGGCUGUACAAGUACAUGUUCCAGAAGGACGAAUACUGUAUCCUGAUCCUGGGCCUGGACAAUGCUGGGAAGACAGUAGACCUUCUUGGAACAAUCAAAAACUCGGUUUAACAAGAACUACAAGGGGAUGAGUCUAUCUAAAAUCACCACCACCGUGGGUCUAAACAUUGGCACUGUGGAUGUGGGGAAGGCUCGUCUCAUGUUCUGGGACUUAGGUGGGCAAGAAGAGCUGCAGUCUUUGUGGGACAAGUACUAUGCAGAGUGCCAUGGUGUCAUCUAUGUCAUUGACUCCACUGAUGAGGAGAGACUGUCAGAAUCCAAAGAAGCAUUUGAGAAGGUGGUUUCGAGUGAAGCAUUGGACGGUGUCCCCAUCCUGGUGUUGGCCAACAAGCAGGAUGUGGAGACCUGCCUCUCCAUUCCUGACAUCAAGACUGCAUUCAGUGACUGUACCUGCAAGAUUGGCCGACGAGACUGUCUGACCCAGGCCUGCUCUGCUCUCACAGGCAAAGGAGUUCGAGAGGGCAUCGAAUGGAUGGUGAAGUGUGUCGUGAGGAACGUUCACCGGCCACCACGGCAGAGGGACAUCACAUAAGCAAUGCCAGCUUCGCAGUCUUGGGACUAUUCAUCCCUGGUGUUGGAGUACUCCCUGCUGGCUGUGUGCCACCGAUGCUGGGGUUGAGCUGGCUGUGUUUGUUCAUUCGUUUAUUCGCUUUAUGUUUUCUCUAAGACAAACUUUUCUCUGUGUCUGGAAAAUCUAGGUAUCCAGAGACAAAUGGGGGGCACACAGGUCAUCCAGCUCUAGAUGCCCUACCUCCCAUUCCACCCCAUUCCAGAUCUGGGACCCUCCCAAACCUGUAAGGAGGGGUUGGGGUGAGGCUACCCCUAGGCUUGCCUGUUGGCACAUUCCAAGUGGAGUUUGAGGGCAUCCUGCUUGAAAUGGGAGGUCUGUUUCUGGCAGCUGCUUUGUCCAGCUUGCCCAUGUAAAAGGUGGGAAUGGCCAGGGCUAAUCCCCACUUGGAGAAAGACUUAGCCCACAUUCCAGAGGCCAGCAUGGUCCCUUGUUUUUUUGUUUGGAGUCGAGUGUGUGUGAGACAAGAGUUUUCCGUAACCCAUGUUAACCCAGAACCCUUUGCCUCCUUCCCUGUACCUGUGGGAAUUGUAGGUGUGGGGGCACCACACUCACCUUUCCACUAGGUUUUGAUACAGUCUCAAGACAGGGUUCAGUAGACCUGCCUGGGAAGUCUGACUUCCCUUAUUCUCUCUGAUUUAUCUCCAAAGGAGAAAGCUUAUCUAGAAAUCUCGCUGAGUGUGCACUUCAGUGCUCCCAUAUUCAGGUUGUGUGAUGUCCUGAGGGCACACCUUUCACCAGGUUAUUAGGUGUUGCUAUAGCCAGUGCAGGUGGGCUUGGUCCCUACAGGGUCCACGUCAGUCAAGUGCUGGAUGGGUGUGAGGUACGGAUUCCUGGGGGGCGGCAGCCCUGCCCACUAAGCCUACUAGGUUAAAUUCUUCCUCAUGUGGCCAGGAUAAGGCUGUAAAAUAAAAAGUGGCUCCUGUUCAAUCAUCCCUUCCAGCAGUCAAACACUGGUUCCCCGCUGUCUGGUGAUUAUAGCCAGAAGCUGCUGCCCUAGAAUGCCUGCUGAGCAGGAGCUACCAGGGAGGUUUGUAGCUGUGGCUAAGCCCCGGGUUCAAGACCUAGUGGCUCCUUCAGGAAGAGGGUAGUGGGUACUCUGAUUCAAGGAGAGGUCCUAUCCCAUAGGUGUCCUAUGACCUGGGUUGAAUCCUUCCUAGAGUAUCCUCCUGGGAAUUAAAGAAUAGGCUGCUCAUAAGAUGGACAAACCAAGGGGAAGUCUAGCAUGGAGCAUCAGACAUUCAAGAUGUCUCUCUGGCCACCUCCCCUCAAUUCUGUGAACAUUGAGCAAGAUUAGGAGCUUCAUGGAGUGACCUUUGGGACAGAGCUGCAGAUUGAGAACAGCUAUCUUUCUGAAAUGAAUAGCUUUAUAAAAAGUCCAGAACUUGGAAGGCAGAGGCAGGCACAUCUCUGUGAGUUCAAGGCCAGCCUAGUCUACAGAGCGAAUGCCAGGGCUGUUAUACAGAGAAACCCUGUCUCAAAACACAGCAAAAAAAUAAAACCUGAGAAGGUGUAAGGUUAGGGUGACAUUGAUUGGGAGCACAGAAUAAAGUCACAUACAGUGCAGAGUUAGCCAGUCACAAGAAAAUUGCUGCAUUAGCAGCUCUACAGAUGAGGCAUCCUAGCCUCGGAAGAGCGUGUAAUCCUGAACUUCACUCCAUUGGAGAGCUGUUACAGAGGCUGCAGGGCCUCCUGUGAUAGUGGUGAACCCCAUUUUCCUGGGUUUACCAGGGCCUGCUGCAGUCACCACAACCCUUUAAAAGAAAUGUCCCAGAAAGUCAAAAUUCCAUGAUGGUGUGUUCAGAGCUCAUACAAAGAAGUCAGGCGAGACCAUAUGGGUUGCUAAGUUCAAAGAACAUUAAACAAGACGUGAAAGUAGGAACAAAAUGCCCAUGGAAACAAAGGGCAGGGCUAUUCAAAGAGGGGCUUUCAGGCUAGACUGCCUGAUAAAAGUCCCUGGAGCCCUCUGUUGGAAAAGGUUAAGGAGGGCCAACAUGUAUUUGGGACUGACACCUGACAUUUCCUGCAAGGAACCUUUUUUCAUCUCCUUGGGCUAACAGAGCCUUUCCAGGGUUCUGACCCUGUCUACAAAGUAAGGAAGAACUGUGUAAAGUUGAAGACCAAGGCCAGGGCAGAGCAGUUACAGUGAGGACAGCACUGUUCUGAACUUGAGCAGCUGGCUGAGGUGCUUGUAGGGCGCAGGCCCCUCUGAGUAUUCCUGUUAUGUUAGGGUAGAAGAGGGCAGGAUUGGGGAAUAUUUGGGGUCUAUCUUCUGUAGUUUAAGUCCUAAGCUCCUAUAGUCUCACUCCAUGCCAGUGCCAGAUGGUGCUGUAAAAGCUAAGAACUCCCAUGCUCAAGCUCAUGGGGAAAGUACACAUAUAUAAGCACCCCAGCUUCCAGUGUAGUUAGGCUGGACAAUUUCAUAUAGAUAAGUCCUGGAACCUCCCAUAAGGGCUUUGAGGCUUGGCUGGUGGAAGGAUGAAGGAGUGACCCCCUAUCAGUUUAGAAGCUGGCUGGACACAGAACACUGCAGGUCUGCAAGAAGGGAUCUUCCCAGAUAGCUGUCCUCCUGUGUUUCAUUUUUUGAGACAAGGCUUCUCUGUGUAGCCCUGGACCAGGCUGGCCUCAAACUCAAAGACAGCCUCCCAAGUGCUGGGAUUAAAAGUGUGUGCCACCA